GCUGCAGCAACGUGCAUCAGUUCCUCUCUGACCCCAGUGCUAAUCUGCAUUCAGACUGAGACUGCACAGUUUUUUUUCAGCUGCUCGAUAUUAGAGUAGCAUAUUCCGGGGGGCUUCGCCGUCUGUGGCAGUUUUUAAGGCCCUGCUAGGCUGACGAUUCGGCAACAGACAAUCAAAAAAUUUUUUUAUAUAUAAAUAAAUAAAAACAAGCGACGCAAAAUCAAGCUUUCGACUCGCAUCGAUUUUGUUUUGGAUGAUUUCACUCCACCGCACGUCCGCCUCGGGUCUAGAUUUGCAGACCCGCUACUGCUAACGUGCGUAAUGUAUGGUAGAGAGAAAACACAGUAAAUAGACGGAGACGUCCAUCUGCAAUAAAGAGGGAACGAAGAUGGUGAUGAUGGCUUCACCAAAUUUAGCCUCCAAAUGCUCGACAGCAAUGGCGAAGCCUUCCCUCUCCCUGAAGCUGUUUCUCUGGGUGUUUAUUCUCGUUAAUCUCCCUUCAAGUUCCUUUCAGACGGAUGACGAUGAUGAGGUGGCUAACAAGACAUGGGUGCUGACUCCCAAAGUGCACGAGAGCGACGUCACACACAUCCUAAAUAGCCUACUAGAUGGAUAUGACAACAAACUAAGGCCUGACAUCGGAGUCAAACCAACAGUGAUCCACACAGACAUGUUUGUCAACAGCAUUGGUCCAGUAAAUGCCAUCAAUAUGGAAUACACCAUCGACAUCUUUUUCGCUCAGACCUGGUACGACAGGAGGUUAAAAUUCAACAGUACGAUGAAGGUUCUGCGUCUCAACAGCAACAUGGUUGGGAAGAUCUGGAUCCCAGACACUUUUUUCCGAAACUCAAAGAAGGCCGACGCCCACUGGAUCACCACACCCAAUCGCAUGCUUCGAAUUUGGAACGAUGGUCGAAUACUCUACACCCUCAGGUUGACCAUCGAUGCAGAGUGCCAGCUUAAACUGAACAACUUCCCAAUGGAUGAGCACUCAUGUCCCCUGGAGUUUUCAAGCUAUGGCUACCCCAGGGAGGAGAUUGUGUACAAGUGGAAAAGGAGCUCAGUGGAGGUUGGGGACAUUCGCUCGUGGAGGCUCUACCAGUUUUCCUUCGUGGGCCUGAGAAACACCACUGAAGUUGUCAGGACUGUCUCAGGAGACUAUGUGGUGCUGACCGUCUUCUUUGACUUGAGCAGAAGAAUGGGCUACUUCACCAUUCAGACCUACAUCCCAUGCACCCUGAUUGUUGUCCUCUCCUGGGUCUCAUUCUGGAUCAACAAGGAUGCAGUACCUGCCAGGACAUCAUUAGGCAUCACCACUGUGCUGACCAUGACCACGCUGAGUACUAUUGCCAGGAAAUCCCUUCCAAAAGUUUCCUAUGUGACCGCCAUGGACCUGUUUGUGUCUGUCUGCUUUAUCUUCGUCUUUGCCGCGCUUAUAGAGUAUGGCACGCUGCACUACUUUGUCAGCAACAGGAAGCCUAGCGCCAAAAAGGACAAGAAGAAGAAAAACCCGCUCCUCCGGCUCUUUUCCUCAAAGCAGACACCCACGGUAGACAUCCGUCCACGCUCGGCCACAGCCAUUCAGAUGAACAACGCUACGCACAUGCAGGAGCGAGACGAAGAGUACGGCUAUGAGUGUCUGGAUGGGAAGGACUGCACCAGCUUCUUCUGCUGUUUUGAAGACUGCCGCUCCGGUGCCUGGCGGCACGGCAGGUUACACAUCCGCGUCGCCAAGAUAGACUCGUAUGCACGCAUCUUCUUCCCCACUGCAUUUGGUCUUUUCAACCUGGUCUACUGGGUCUCCUAUCUCUAUCUCUAGGCCUGGGUGUGUACGCCUGGGUGUGUACCCAGCCUUAUCAUACAGUUCAUUACAUUCUACAUAUGCUCUUUGCCAGCAAGGGACAUUUUAAAGGAGGCGACCCACUGAAAUACCCACUGAUUUAUUACAUUUCCUUUAAUUUAUUUUUUUCAAAUCCCUUUGAAUUUGAGUCAAUUUAUUUGAUAACUUUGACAGACAUUGCAAAUGUUGUAGCAUUACAUUGAACUGGUAUGAGGAGGUUUGUAAAUGUGUUGUGAAAACAUUGAUUGUGUGAGCAAUUAAGAAGAAUCCCAAGUUUUGUUUUCAUGAUUCGAUGUUGGACUAUUUAUUUGGAAUUUCUUCUUCAUGUCUUCUUAAUGGAAUUUUUAAUUUACUUGCUGUAUUUUCAGACUAAUGAAUGCAAUUUAAAUAAAUAGCAAUUCAGAUCACAGCAAACACUUAUCAGAGAAAUCUAAAUAACAUUACAGUAUGUCCUAUCUUUUAAUUUUACUUUAAAAGUAUGUUACGUUUCACUUAACAUACACACAAUCUAAGCACUUUAAUAGAGCUAUGUUAGACAGUGACGUUAAUUUAUUUUUUAUUUAUUUAGCUUUAGUGUUGGCACUAUUAAACAUUGCAUUUUUCAUGUGUGGUCAGAGAGAGAGAGAUGAUGCUGUUUAUGGACAAUGCUUAACUGUACAGACACUGUAUAUAUUUUACUAUUACAUAGUGGUUUACAUUUAUUGCAUGCACCUUUCAGGCCAAAAAUCAACAUCUUUUAUGGUCUUCUAUUGUUGGCUAUGGAAAAAUAAAAAAAUGAGCACUGUUGAUUAUCGUUCAAGAUUUAAUUAUACUAUUUUCUAGGAAAAUUGGUAAAAUUAAUUAAUAAAAAUGUGCCCGGUUUAUCCUUUUAAAGCAGCACUGCAGAACUUUUGAUAUUGUGAUUUGGCGCCCCUACAGUUUUAGAGUGUAAUUAAUUUAUACACCAGUGUUGUAAAUAUGGACAGCUGUACAAGUGCAUUUGUUAUGAUUACUUAUGAUCAAAACCUAGCGAGUGGACAACUUUGCUACCAAAUCCAAACAUCAAGCAAGUGCAACAACACAAGACAUAGCAAGCCAGCUAAAAUGACUUACUAGCCUUACUUUAGCAACAAGGAGAGUUUUCUGUCUAUCAGGAAAUUCCGUAGAUCACUGAGUCAAGGCAGAGCAGCCAGAGGACAUCAAAGGACAAACCAGAAAACAUUUUCUCCGUCAAAUAUCAUCCAGUUUUACCAAUAUUAGUGGUAGUGCCAUAAAGCAUUACAGCAAUUUCCUGGGAGAUGGUACCCGCCCACCAAAGUUACAUGCCAGAACAGGCGUUUGGAGUGCAGCGUAGGAAUGACAGAGACAUCAUUCUCCCAAUUGCAUGUCAUAGUAGCAUUAAAAUGCUGUUUUUAUGGUAAUAAGUGGCAUAAUGUUGCUGUAAGUUGAGGAAUCUUCUUUGCAUACGGGUGGGAGGAUCAGCCCAGAAGUUCAGGCCAGGCAACUGGUUUAAUAAUUUUUCUUUCAGCUAUUAGUACAGUAUAUACAGUAUAGACAACACUGACCUCUCAUCCUCUUCUACAUGUACUGUUAAAAGCAUGCAUUAACAUAAGGACACACUGCUGUGUAUUUUGGUUACGCAAGCUUUUACAAGAGAAACUGUACUAAAACAAUUUAGGUGUUCUUAUUAAAUAAAGUUUUUCCCUUAAGUAUAAAUGCAACUGCAUAACCAGCGGGUGAGUUUCAAACUAAUCUACACUUUAAUGUGACUGUCAAUACAGACAGCUAUUGGGAAUUUAGACAACCCUGCAGUGGGACAGGGUUCAUUUAAUGUGUUAUCCUUCUAAGAUGAGCAAUAAAAAAACUAAACUGAAACUAAACAAAUGAAUUGAUAUUAAAUAAACUUAAGAGCUUCGUUCAAUUAAAAAGAAGCAUCUGCUUGUUUCAAAAGAGAUGUUUAAGCCUUACUAUCAAGCAUCUUGCUUUCUGUCUCUUUGAGAAGAAACACAUUGAGAAUGUACAUGUAAAUGAUUACAUAGUGAGGGAGCGGAUUCACUGGCUGGGCCUAAUUUCAUUAUUGUUUGACUUUUUUCCCCAUUAAAAUUAGCGUUGAAUGCCUCGAUGUUUUGUGAAGAGAAUUGAGAACACUGAAUUGUGAAUGCUGGGUAUGACAACAUGUAACACAUGAUUUACAAUCCCUUACAGAGUACAAUUUUGAUAGACACCAGUAUGCAACAAAUGGAGACAGUGCUUCAGUAUGAUUUAUAAACUCACAAUGGGUGUGAAUCACUUUGUUUAUGUACAUAAAUUAUGAACAGAAGAAAACACUUGUCAUGCCCUUGGGAUUUUUGUAAAAGGGUAUAUAUUUUGUAAUUUCAGCAUCGUUACAGUAUAUCACCAUACAGUAUAUUAGACUUAUUGUAUUAUGCUGGACUGACCAUGUAGAAUACUUGGGGGUAAUGGGGUAUGUAUUUAUUUAAUCAUUAAUGGUAUUUAUUUAUUUAUUUAUAUAUUAAGAGAAAAAUAUUUUAUGUUCAUGUAGCCCCUGAAAAGAAACACAGAAUGCUGUCAUUUAUAUCAAAGAUACAUUUUUGUUUGAUGUGUCAAUGGAGCUUGAGCUUAUUUAUCUUGUGUUUUCUAUGUUGUGAUCGAUGUACACUACUCUCACAAAGGCCUGUCAAAGUGUUAUAUCUGUUGAAUUAAUAAGUUGCAACAUUACCUGUUAUGCAGCUUCUGAGUAGUAAACUUGAAUAUUUUCAGGGGGGAAAAAACACAAAAAACAGUUCCCAAGCCACCAGAAGAAGAACAUUUGCUUGUCUAAGUAACUAUUAAUUAUUUCCACAUUUUCCACCUCCACAAGGGUCUUCAUUGGUCUUGUUACUUGCCAUAUUUAAUAAAGCAUCAGUGAUUAUACUAACAUAUGCAUUUACCAGAUGAUCUCAUAUUUCCUGAAGUUCUUUCCUUUUUGUAUUUAAUGGUGUUCCUGUUAUGUUACAAAGCUGCCACUUAGUAGUCUAUAUCAGUCUUCAGUGUGCACAUACUCUAUCUUUCACAUCUUUAGGAACAUAGUGUGUCAGUAGCAAUGUAGACUGGUAAUCAUCAGUGUUCUGUAGUUUAAAGAAGUGUAAAAGAGUGAUUACAUCUUAAAAAGUGCCAAACUGACACACAUGCAAUAGAGAAUAUCAAACAAUGAUAUCAUUUGUGAAUCCACUUUUACUGCCUUGAAGAAAAAAAACCUUCAGUAUACUAUAAGUGGGUGUUUACUUGAAGGAAAUUAUAUACAGCGAAGGUUGGACACACUGAUAUUCCCUCAGACAUUGUUAUUGUUUUUUUAUUGAUAUGGUACAGAACCAAUAACAUGACAACAAUUGUUUAAUUCUACACCAGACUAAUACAAACACAUUAUUGUAUCAGGGUAAACAGCAAGACAUUUCUGAUUCAGACUAUAUCUGAUUUUAUCAGUAGGCUGGGGGGGAGCAUUUCUCGUGCUUGAACAACAGUGCAAAAAAACAAACAUAUUUUUUUUUCCAUGAUGGCAAAAGCUUAUUUAUUAUUUGUAUAUAUAUUUUUUGGUGCACUCUACUGUAAAUGCAGAGAUAUAAAGGUGUAUGAAAGAUACUGUUAAUAUUCAGUAUGUGUGCAUGUUGGGUAUGUUUUCAGAAUUGGGACUAACGCAAGCAUUGUUUCAUCUGGUCUCAGUCCUUUGGUUGCACAGACAUGGACUUUUUAAUACACUGUACUUAUUUUUGACAAAAUGUUUUUAAUUUUUUUGGGACCCACAAAUGAGACAUUUAUGUGAACAGCACAUGUAGAUAUUUUCUAUUGUUAUGUAUUUUGUCAAACUACAGAAAACAAACAAAGAAACUGGAAUUACAAAGCUCAAAGGUUUCCAAGAACAAAAUCAAUUUCAUAUGGUCCUCAUUCAUACAUUAUGUUAGUUGUUUGCCAUCUAUGUACAGUAUAUUUGAGUAUUGUCUAAAAGGGGCACUGAAAAAUUCUGUUCGGGUCUGCAUAAUAUACUAUACAUGUACUGGAAAAAAUCCUUUUCAUAAGGGAAUUGCACAUAGUUGUGGAAUUUUACAAUAAAACGGUUGCAUUUA